GAAAAAAACCAAACUAAAACAUGUAAUGUGAUGUGAUUGUGAUGUAAUACACUUAUAAACUCAUCAGAAACAGAGAGCUCUGUUUUGUCUUUUAUUUUUCUUUUUAUCCAUCAAUCGAAUGGCUGAUCAGGUUCAGAUCCGGACAAUGAAUCAAGAUCUCGAAGAACCAAUGGCUGAGAUCAUGCCAAGCGUCUUAACGGCAAUGUCGUAUCUCUUGCAAAGAGUAUCGGAGACCAACGACAAGCUUAGCCAGAAACAGAUGAUCUCAGGUUUCCAUGGAUUAACCAAACCUUCCAUAUCAAUCAGAAGCUAUCUAGAGAGGAUCUUCGAGUAUGCGAAUUGUAGCUAUUCGUGUUACAUCGUCGCGUAUAUAUAUUUGGAUCGGUUCGUGAAGAAGCAGCCAUUUUUGGCUAUCAAUUCCCAUAAUGUUCAUAGGCUUAUAAUCACAAGUGUCUUGGUCUCUGCCAAAUUCAUGGAUGACUUGAGUUACAACAAUGGAUAUUAUGCAAAAGUUGGGGGAAUAAGCAGAGAAGAGAUGAACAUGCUUGAGCUUGACUUCUUGUUCGGAAUCGAGUUUCAGUUAAACGUUACCGUUUCAACUUUUAAUAACUACUGUUGUUUUCUACAAAGAGAGAUGGUGAUGUUGAUGAAGAUGAAAUCUCUGUUUCUUGAACCUUCUCUUUCGUUCAGAAGCUCUUUUAAGACCAAACUUUUGAUGAAUCCACACGAAGACGACUCUUUAUCUACUCAUCACAGCAAGAAGCAGCAACUCGCUGCUGCUUGAAUAUACAUAUAUGCAUUGGGGUUGUUAUCACGUUGUGUGAUGUAAACCCUCUUUUGUAUCCUGAGGGUUCUUGUUUAGUGAUGUUAGUUUAGAAUUUUGAAUGUAUCUUUUCUUUAAGGGUUGGUUUCUUGAAAGCCUCUUCUUGAAUCGAUUCUCUUGGACUCUUUUUUUUCACCUUAUAUAAUUUCAAAUUACAUGAUUUACA